CAUUAUCGGUGAAGAAGAUCGUGCACGAGCAAAGUAGUACUAUUUGUAGCGAAAGUAAUAUGUUUUAGGAUCACGACAAUUACGUACAACGCCUCCGCGUAAAGAAAUGCGUCCUGCCUUGUCACCUCUGUUGCCACCUCCAACGAGAGGCUUUGCGCCCUCCACAUCUUCCUCGUCUUGUCAUUUUAGGAAAUUGACAAGAAAGAAGGCAACAUCGCGGUUGUCAUCGACAACCAAACUACAGUUUCAUCAAAUCCAACGAGUUCCUGCAGACCGCGCCUUGCAGCCUCAGAGGCGGUUUUUUUCGUUGCAGAGCUGGCAUGACGAGGUUGGUGCUCUGUCGCUAUCUGAGAGGCAAGAGGGCUUUCUGCUAUCAAGACUGCCUCCUAGCGUCACGGAAGCGGAGAUUGUACGGAGGCUGGAGAGUCAGGGUGUAACAGCGGACGACGUCUUGCUGAUGCGCUCACGGUUAGGAAAAAGCACUGGUCGCGCAUUGGUUCGGUGUGAAGAAAACAUCCCGCAUGUGACGCAACUUUUCGUUAUGAAUAACAAUUGUUAACCUUCGUUGUAGUUGUUUGGUGUAGUUUUAGUCAAUGCCAAUACGUCGCGCUCGGACAAUCGGUGGAAGUCGGACGAGCUCCUGUGUCUAUCAAAUUCAGUCUUGGAAAUCAAUAUUGGUAGUAGAUCGCAAUCGCUAAGGCCUGUCAGUCAUCUCAAAGAGCGCAGGGACCUGCUGACGGGUCGAUCGCGCCGGUCAGCUACCGUCCGCUGGAUCGGCACGAUAUUCGCCUUUUUGUAGAGCAGGUAGAAGCUUAUUUGCGUUUCUCCGAGGAUUUGCAUUAUCUAGCACGGCCAGAGCAUCUGUUGAGAACGGUAACGAUUCACAACGUGCCGCGGGCUUAUGGUAGGAAGGAUCUCGCCGCAGUUCUGCACCAGCAUUGUAAAAUUUGUGUCGCUCCGCACGAUGUCAUUUUCAACAUGAAACGUUUCGGCGUGCAGGGCGAUACUGCAUUUGUUGUAUGCGGAAGUGAAAAGCAGGCACGACACGUGAUAUCGACAGUGCAAGAGCUCGCGGUGCCGAAACACGCGAAGUAUGCGACGCUUUUUGGUUGCAGCUUUCUCUACGCCGACCGGUCCUGUCUUUUUUGGGGCGACAGGGAAGGACGCUACGACUUUGAGGAGUCGCGGUUCCAGCUCUACACGCAGGGUUGGGACGAGCAUCUUAGCGAGGAUGAAUUCAAAGCAUUUUUGAAUCACCUAAAGUUCUUUCCAGAUUCUGUGCGAAAAGUUCACAGUGCAUUACCAUUACAAGCGGAGUCGAAGAAAUCGAAACGACAAGGUGCUAGAGGCAAAAAAUCAGAGGAUAAAGCGGCGGGUACUAGUAGUAGUUGUACCACGAAGGGUCCUUUCGCAAGCGGCGCCAGUGCUGCGGCAACAUCAGGCAGUCCAGGUUUAUCGCAAGAGAGUGCUGCAGAAAAUGUUGAGGCAGCAAUAACAGAUAGUGAAGAUAUAACCGAAGAUGAUGUUGCCUUGGAAGAGCAUAUUGCCUCUUACGCUACGAAUGGCAAGAAGCAGAUAGCUUCCUCAGGCUUUCUACUAGAAUUUCCGAACAUGCGAGUGGCCAAAAGCUGCUUCUCACGAAUGAGACGGAUGAAGCGACGAUGGCAAAUGCCGGCGCAUACACUACUAUACGCUUAUCCAAAGCCCGUGGAUGUACACUGGGCACACGAGACCAAAUAUAAAGAUGAGAUCGAACAAGACUGGGAACUUACAGAACCUAUAGUUUACUAAAUUGUGGCGCGCUGGUCGAAGACCACUACUCUCUGCUGUGACUGAUUCCUGUAAAACUGGCUAGGAAAUUCGGAGCCUGUUGCUCUGUUAGUUUUUCCAGACUCGCUUGCUUUGGCUAAAACUAAUGAUUCGCUUGCAUGUACGACUUGCUUUGACGUUUCUGGGUAAUCUACCCACGAG